GUUCUCAAUUUGGCGUUGCUGCAGUCGGCCAAUCACGGGAUGGGGGAAAGCAAUGACCUAAGCCGAACCUGCGAAAACCAAAAGCAGUUCGAACUUCGUCAAUUCUCGCCAGUGCUCUGAACCCCCCUCUCUCUCCUCUCUCCAAUUGUCCCCCCCCUCUUCCAUCCUCUUUAUCGGUCUUCUCUCGUCCCUCUCCAUCUCCAGAUGGCUACCUCUAGGUCAGUCGCGAGGCUGCUCGCCUACCGCCGCCCCGUGCCCUCCGUUCUACCCUCGUCUUUCCUCUCGACCGCAAACUUCUCCUCCUCGGUGACCCGCGCAGCUACGCCAGCUGGACCUCCCCAGCCUGGCUUCCGUCUUCCUCCUCCCCGUAAAUGGGAUCAGGACCCGGAGUCUUCUCUCGACAAGGCCAGCAAAUACUUCCUUAUGGCCGAGAUCUUCCGGGGUAUGUACGUGGUGUUGGAGCAGUUCUUCAGACCACCAUACACCAUUUUCUACCCCUUCGAGAAGGGCCCCAUCUCCCCUCGAUUCCGUGGUGAACACGCCCUAAGACGCUACCCUACCGGUGAAGAGCGUUGUAUCGCAUGCAAGCUCUGUGAAGCUAUCUGCCCUGCCCAGGCUAUCACCAUUGAGGCUGAAGAGCGUGUGGACGGAAGUCGCCGGACGACCCGAUAUGAUAUUGACAUGACCAAGUGUAUCUACUGCGGCUACUGCCAGGAGAGUUGCCCGGUUGAUGCUAUUGUUGAGACCCCCAACGCCGAGUAUGCUACCGAGACCCGCGAAGAACUGCUGUACAACAAGGAGAAGCUCCUCUCAAACGGUGACAAGUGGGAGCCUGAGAUUGCUGCUGCUGUUAGAGCCGAUGCUCCUUACCGAUAAAUCACUAUGCAGUUGCCUCCUCCAUCUCAGACGCUUUCCUAAUAAUGAACAAACACAUCCAAGCUCUCUCAUUAUAUAGGACGGACGGGAUUCAGGAGAGAAAAAAAAAUUUCGUUACGAGGAAAAGCAAACUUUCCCACUAGAUCCAUGAAUUGCGAG